AAUUCAAUGCCAUAACGUAUAUUCAAGAAGUGAGUGACCUCCCAGUCGCGCGUGAUUAUAGCCUACUCCUCUGAACUAGCCGAAUCUCCUGACUACACACAUCUGGAACCUUUAUCUUCUUCUUAACGUCGUACCCUCUCACAUCUUCUGCACUUUUGCUUUGGCUCCCCACCUCCCAACACAUUUUCUCUCUCAUUAUCAAAACUUUGCAACCCCAUUCGUCCAAAAACCGCCCCAAAGUUUCAAUCUUUCACUUUUUCCGGCGACACCCAACUGGGGAAAACCGGUUUUCCGACCAAACCCAGAAUGGACAAAGAGCCUUUACUCCCCUACACAUCAAGCCCAAGAAGAAAGCUCCCAUCUUUAACAACCCUCUGGCCUUUACCGGAGCACGACGAAGUCCCCGUCCCCUUAACCCCCUCAGAGUUCAAGGCCAUCAUCUUCGGCUCCCCCGCCGCCGCAUCUUCUUCGCCGCUACAAGACUCGUCUCCUCUGGUUGACGCCCUCACUCUCUCUCUCAAUUCUCCCAGACCUCCUUCUUCCGCUUCGCUGUUGGACCCCACCACAGCGCCGCCGCAAGGGGACCCACAAACGCCGCAGGGCUGGCUCAUUGACCCGAACUACUCAUGGACCAAUACCAACCUGCACCGGUCCAAGACCGCUCCGGCCAUGGCGGUUUUGAACGAGGUGAACCGCCGGUCAGGGACUAAGCCACAAGUGAGUUCACAGUCGAUUGUUAGGCAAGCGGUGAUUCUUCUUGUUGCGUAUUUGACUCUGGGGGUGAUUAUAUAUUGGUUUAACCGUGAUCAUUUUGCUGCGAGUGAGACUCACCCUGUUGUGGAUGCUUUGUAUUUUUGUAUUGUGACAAUGUGCACUAUUGGGUAUGGGGAUAUCACGCCUAAGACCACGGCUACGAAGCUGUUUUCGAUAAUGUUUGUGUUGGUGGGGUUCGGGUUUAUUGAUAUUUUGCUUAGUGGGAUGGUGGCUUAUGUGCUUGAUUUGCAAGAGAGUUAUUUGCUGAGGAGUGUGAAGGGGGUGGGGGAGAAGAAGGAGUCGUAUAUAAUUGAUGUGAAGAAGGGGAGGAUGAGGAUUAGGAUGAAGGUGGGAUUGGCAUUGGGGGUUGUGGUGCUUUGUAUUGGUGUUGGUGCUAUGGUUAUGCAUUAUGUGGAGAAGCUCGGAUGGUUGGAUUCGUUUUAUCUGUCGGUGAUGUCUGUUACGACUGUGGGGUAUGGUGACCGGGCGUUCCAGUCUAUGGAGGGUCGAAUCUUUGCAUCAAUCUGGUUGCUUGUGUCCACACUCGCGGUUGCUAGAGCCUUUCUGUAUUUGGCUGAGGCAAGGGUGGAUAAACGGCAUAGGAAGAUGGCAAAGUGGGUUCUUGGCCAGGAUAUGACUGUUUCUGAGUUCCUUGCUGCUGACAUUGACAAUAAUGGCUUUGUGAGCAAGUCAGAGUAUGUUGUAUACAAACUCAAGGAGAUGGGAAAGGUAUCAGAGAAAGAUAUUAUGCAGAUCUCCAACAAAUUUGAUAGGCUAGACGCUGGGAACUGCGGAAAGAUAACCCUUGCUGAUCUUAUGAGUCGUCAUUGAUAUCCAAGCACCUUUUGUUCUUUUUCCUCAUGGUACAGCAAGGCAAGAAAAUACCUCAUCUCAUUGGACAUGACUGUAGAAGAAGCCUGAUCUUACGUAGGACUUGCCGUUGAUAUCCAAGUUGCAUACACAUGAAGUAUGAACAUUGCUUCCCGAUCAAUUGGUCCUCUUCUCUAUGCAUCCUGAGCAUCAACUUGGUCAUUCUUAUAUGAUAACCUACAUCGAUGCAUUUCCUGAGUAAUACAAACUAGCUAACAACAAAGGUUAUUGCAUAUUCCAGAAUUGCUCAAGUGACGGGGAAAAGUGAAACAGCUAAUUGAAGACGCUGUUUUUAUUUCAGACAGAAAAUAACUGUUGACACAGACUGGCUGUAGGAUUUUUUCUUGGAGAAAUUUGAAGAUUGGCUUAGAAAUCAACAAUAUGUUACUUUUGGUUAGAGUUCAAAUUGUAAAUGAUUGUAGUUUUCGAUCAAUGAAGGUGAGGCACCUUGAAUCAGCACUACCAACAAAUCAUAACUUUGUUUUUUUUUCAGUUUGAAAA